CGACGUUGGCCGGCCGGCUGUACGUGCUCGCUAGAUUGUCAGAUCAUAUGCACAAAUCUUCAUUUCGCACACUAGAACCCUAGUUAAACGGACCGUAAAUACUGGGCGAAAACACAACUUUUCUUUGAAAAUGACGCGGCAUCAAAGAAACUGUACUGCUGGGACGGUUUACACUUAUCAUGAGCGGCAGAAAGAUGCAGCUCAGUCCGGCUACGGCACCAACAAGACCCGACUAGGGAAGGACUCGGUGGGUGACUUUGAUUGCUGCUGCCUGACGUUACAGCCGUGCCCAAACCCAGUCAUAACGGAAGAAGGCUACCUUUACGAUAAGGAAGCGAUCAUAGAGUAUGUACUCAAACAGAAACAAGAUUAUGAGCGCAAGCUCAAGGAGUACCAUCGCCAGUGUCGCCUCCACCAGGAUGAAGAGAGCCAGGCUAAGAAGUCUGCAAAGGAAGAUCAAGUGAAGGCUUUCAUUGAAAAAGAGCGCAGCAUCACAAGCAAGCCCCUCAACCCCUUCACUGAGGCUCCCCCCGCCAAAAGAGCGAAAAUGGAAGAGUCCAAACAAGACACGCCCACAACUAGCAGCAGCAGCAGCAAUGGCAACAGCAAAGCUGGAGGCACGACAGAAAACGGCGAGAAAAAGUCAGAGCUUCCAAGUUUCUGGAUUCCGUCUCUGACGCCGCAGGCAAAGGCUACUGCCAUCCAGAAACCGGACAAAACCGUCUACUGUCCCAUGAGCAAGAAGCCGCUGAAAGUCAAGAAUCUAAUUCCGGUCAACUUCGUGCGGGCUGACGACGCCAACGACAAUCGGCCCAUGGUGGCAAAGCAGAUUCGGUACAAGUGCGCCGUCACCCACGACGUCCUGUCCAACAAGACACCGUGUGCCGUACUCAGACCCAGCGGGAAGGUGGUAACGCUGGACUGCGUGGAGAAAAUCAUCAAGAAAGACAUGAGAGAUCCGUUCACGGGAGACACGCUGAAAGACAACGACAUCAUCAAGAUCAGACGGGGAGGAACCGGAUUUGCCAGCGCAGCGGAGACGUCUUUAGAAGCCAAGAAGGCACGGCCUGUCAUGAUGGCAUCGUAAAUUUUCCCCGGAAUUCCUAGCAACGCAGUGUUUAAUCUAUGUCUCAAAGGAAGCCAUCUUGUGUCCAGAAUUGGAAUAGGAAACCAUUGAAAAUUCUACACUGGAGAGUUGCGUGUUGGACUUGAGACUUUGACAUAAACCUAGUGUGAUGUGGAGAGUCUGGUUGCGGAUGCUGUGCGGUAUGCACUGUUUUUUGUUUGUGACUUGUCAAAUGUUAUCAAGGAACUUCUCAUUACUGGCUCUCUGUGAUACAUUCCAAUACACCCAGCUGUGGACAACCAGUGUAAACAAUUACCUGAGUAAUAACUGGUCGACUAGACUAGUCCGACCAUCAUCAACUACGAAUGACUGAUUCUGCGAGCUGUACUUUGUCGGUUGAAAGUGAACAGUGUUCUUUUGUGGUUUUCCAGCAUCGAUGGACACAAAACACUAAACAGCUCAGUGGAACGAAGUCAACUUAAAAUUAAAAACCCUUAAAUCAGCACGGCCUGUCAUGAUGGCAUCAUUAAUUUUCCCUGGAAGUCCUAGCAACGCAGUGUUUAAUCUAUGUCUCAAAGGAAGCCAUCUUGUGUCCAGAAUUAGAGUAGGAAACCAUUUAAACUUCCACACUUCCAAGAGAGUCGUGUGUUGGACUUGAGACUUGGACAUGAUGUGGAGAGUCUGGUUGCGGAUGCUGUGCGAUAUGCACUGUUUUUUGUUCGUGACUUAUCAAA